CUAAUCUAAAAGUGAUAACAAAUAACAAACGCCGUCGGGAAUAUAAAAAUAUCACUGUUAUUAUUGCCACUUGUUUUGUUGUUAGCAAACCACUCGGUAGUGUUUAUACUAGAUUCUAAUAUACAUGGAGUGCAAACUGUUAUGCGUUGCGGUUGCAGUGGCCUCUAUUGCAGUUGUCUCUUCCGAAAAAAGCUGCUGGGGUCACAAGGUUGUAGCAGAAGUAAGAGAGUUAUUCCCUUACUGCAAAGAUAUUAUUACCACCAACUCUAUAUCGGAAAAUGAUGGUUUGAACCUCGAUACCAAAGAUUCUUCCGAGGAAUUAUGCCAGAAUAUAAGGAAAUGGUUAGAUGAAUCACAUAGCGAUUUGGGCAAAAUAUCACAAUUUAACAUUUGUAUGUCACUAAAUAAUGAUGGACUUGAGUUUUAUCAAAUGAAGAAAGUUUUCGAAUGCCUUCCGGUCCUUAACAACUCAGUCUUCGAGAAAAACUCCAAGGAAAUAGUCUACGAACACAUCACAGAUAGAAGAGUCUUUAGAUCUGUAAGGAUUUAUCUGAACCAAGAAAAGACUGAAGAGAACCAAAAAUCUGUGAAUGAUUUUCUAGCUUGUAUCGGUUACCAACCAGAUAGUGUCUUCAAUCGUCAUUAAGCAUAUUUAUCUUUAAAUUAUAUUUUUGCAUUAUUUACCUUAGUUUUUUUUUGUUUAUGUAGCUAGUGGUAGAUUUUAGAAAAUGAUUUUCUAAAUUUAUUGUUAUUGUAUUUAUAUUAUAUUUUUUGAAAAUAA